GGUUUUAGAAUGAAAUCCUAUUCAGCUUGUAUGUGGUCAGACUCCUCCAGUGAGGCUCACCCGAUUAUCAUAGACUUUGAAGUAUUCAACCAAUCUAUAGAUCUUCACAAAGGGUAGUGAUGCAGAUGAAGUUCAGUCCUAGGUCUUGAAUCUUGAAUACCGCUAUAUUGAAGAUUUGACCACCAAAAUUAAUUGGCGUCUGCUAUGUUGGUGCAUAUUCUGUGAAGUAAUGAAAUGUCAUUAUUAUAUUCUCUCUGAGUAUAUUUCUAUUUGGUUGAUGAGAAAAAUUUGUAAUGAUCAAACCACCUUUGCAUAUUUCACUAAUUCUUUAGAUCUAUUUACACUUAACAGCCCUUCUCAGUAGCUGGUCUAUACUUGUGAAUUAGGAAGAUCUACUUAUGAGAAUGGAUGCUUGUACUACCAACGGCAUUGAUGAUGCGGAUACAAGUACUUGUAAUUCCCUAUCCAACGGAGUCGCAAUUAGUGAAAAUGGAAUGAUAGAACCAACUAUGCUCAUGGAGUUGCUGACUUUAUUGGACUUGGAUAUAGCAUACUUUUCCGAGAAGCUGGUAAACUUGGAUCUUUAUAUGACAAUUGUCUCCCUUGGAGAGAUUGGACUUGGAGACUUGUCCAUGUUGAACAGCAAUAUCUCGGAAGUAGAAGUUGAGAAGGCUCUGAUCUUUGACGUUUCAAUUGGUUACUUAGAUUGUGAGAUCACCGAGCUAGGGAGUUUCUUACAAGUCCUUCAGUCCAAAAUGGUAGAUGCACGUCAGAAGAUAUGUUCAUUUAAACAAAGAAGAGACAUCUUUAUUAUCUUUCAAGGGAAAUUGCAGGCUUCUGAAAAUUCCUGGAAGCAUCUUCAGGAGCAACUGUCAGAGUUGAAGAGGCAAUUAGCUAAAUUUCACAGAACACUCUCAUUUUUUCGAGAAAAAAGCUCAUACUUGAUUGAAAAUGAGGAUUCGGAGAGGUCGCAUUAUGAUUUGCAGAUUUCAGGGCAGCAAAGAUUAGUGCUUAGGAUGCUGGAAAAGUCUCUUGCUGCAGAACUAAAUCUGGAGAAACAAUUUUUAGGAUCUAAAAAAAGAGAGGAAGAACUGAAAGAAAAACUCCUACAUGCAAAUGAGGUUGUUUCUGGCAUGGAAGCAUAUUUAGGAGUUACUUUGGAGAGACUGUUGGAAGCAGAACAUUCUUCUCAAGUUUUUAAGGGGAUCGCAAAGGAAAUGAUGUCACGCCUCCAAAUAUAUGAUUUCAAUAUGCAUUGCUCAGUUAAGAGAGAAGAAGAACUGAAAUCCAAACUUCAAGCUAGCUUAAAGCAGCUUAAAGAGAGAGAAAAUUUGGAGUAUACAUUAAAAGAACUCGAAGAAAAGUUUCGAGCUUCCCAGUCAAAGUUGGAGGAAGUAAAUGCCUCGUAUGAAGCUAGUCAGGAGGAACUUUCUGUGAUGGAAGAUGCGACCGAAUCUUUAAGAGAACAUGUUUUUAUGGCAGAAACUAGGGCCCACGACGCAGAAGAAAAACUAGCAACUUUAACAGAAGUGAAUAUAGAGCUUACAGAAGAAGUGGGAUUGCUUAAAGGUGGUGAUAGUAAUGAAGAAAAGAUGAGUGUGCUAGAGAAACAGGUAAGAGACUUGGAAGUCAAACUGCAAACUUCAAAGACUUCUGCUGAAGUCAGCCAAAAGAACCAAAAUAUGUUGUACUCUGCCAUCUGGGACAUGGAAACAUUAAUCGAGGAGCUAAAAUCGAAGUGCUCAAGAGCUGAGAGUUUAGCAGAAAAUGCAGAAAAGCAGUGUCUUACAUUAGCAGAAACAAACAUACAACUGAACAAAGAAAAAGGCUAUCUCAAGUCUGAAAAGGAAAAAUUGGUGGAAAGUCUGAAAGUAGCUAACAAUAUAAAAGCUGCAAGGGCAAAGGACAUUAAUAAUGGGGCAAAUCUUAUUGCUGAGAUGAUUAUGCAGUUAUCGACUGAAAGAGAGAGGGUCCAGAAGCAGUUAUCUUCUCUAGCAAGAGAAAACACAAUAUUGUUGGAGGAGUUGAGGAAGAUGAGAAGAAACUUACUCGGGGCUAAUCAAAGCAACAAAGCGGCUGAUACAAAAGAGAUCGAUUCUCUCAUAGAUAACCCUGCUGAUGGUAGUGGUACAAGUACAGCAUCCCCAGUUACAGAAGAAUUAGUAGUGACUCCGACAUCUGCAACUGCCAGUAACCAGGUAGAUGAUCCAUCAGAAGAGAACAGCACAGAUGAAGCAGAAGCUCCUGGUUCCUCUGGGUCUGAUGAUGCGGUUGCAGUUGCUGUUGCUGCCAUUUGUACAAACCAUGAUGAAGCAGAAGCUGCAAGUUCCUCCGGAUGCGAUGAUGUUGCUACUGCUGCUCUGGUUGCUGCCAAUUGUACGAAUCAUGAAAAUGAGAUUAAUUUCAAAAAUCAUGAAGAUUCAGGAAAGACAACGAACAAGCAUAACAACAAGAAGUCUUACAUCUUUGCUGCAAUUUUUGUUUUGUUAUUUUCGAUUUUAGCCAUGAACAUGAAUUGGCAAAACAUUUAUCCUAUCUUCAGGCUUUAACAUAUUGUUUUCCAAGAGCAACAGUGCAAAGUCCUCUGUUCUCUUGGAUGAUUUGUUCUGUAAAUACUUAGUGCUCGUUUGGUUGACAGGAAUUUAUUUAGGCAAUGAAAAUUCUCAUGAUUUUCUCA